AGUCACUAUGUCUUAAUAUUAUUUAGAUGUUUUAGUAUUAUUUUGAUAAAUUUUCCAAAUAUUAAAUUGAAAAAAAAGUGUCCCCAUUUAAAAGUUUAAUCAAGAAUAUUAAGAAUAAUAGUCAAAUUGUAUCAAAGACCAAUUAUCGAUCAUGGUGGAAUUUUAAUCCAAGACAGGGAUCCCAUUUCCAGACUCCGAAACCAGAUCAAUGGCUUCCUCUACUGUUUCUUCAUUUCCCCAGCUUCCACAGACACCAUGUCUACUCUCAUCUUCCUUAAUCCCAAAAUUCAACGUUCUCCCUCCAUUACUGACCCAACCAAGGCGGCGGUUGAGGAGGGAAGGCGCUCUAGCUCUGGCCAUGGCAGCUCCCGCCAGUCCUGCCAAUACUAACAGUACAACUGAUAAGCCCCCGAGAGUGGUCACCUUCGUUGGGAAAGGCGGUUCUGGUAAAACCACUUCUGCUGUUUUCGCUGCUCAGCAUUAUGCUAUGGCAGGACUGAAGACCUUCUUGGUUAUAAAUUCCCAAGACCCCACAGCUGAAUACCUUCUGAAUUGUAAGAUUGGCUCAUCUCCUCUUCAAUGCAAUGACAACCUUUCAGUUGUGAGAUUGGAAACUACAAAAAUGCUUCUUAAACCUCUCAAUAGACUAAAGGAAGCAGAUGCCCGUCUUAACAUGACACAAGGAGUUCUUGAAGAGGUGAUGGGACAGGAACUUGGCGUGCUACCUGGGAUGGAUUCCAUAUUUUCAGUUUUGGAACUUGAGAGGCUAGUAGGGUUCUUUGGAAAUGUCAAUCAAAAAGAGAAGCUUGACAUUAUAAUUUAUGAUGGUGUGAGCACUGAAGAAACCAUUCGAAUUAUAGGUGCAACUAGCAAGGCAAGGUCAGAACUUCUUAUUCCUUAUUAACAAUGCAUCACUUUAAAACAGCAAUCAGUUCAAGAGCCUAUUUGGUAAAGGCAAGGUGAAAUUGUGGCUUAUAUGAGUUGUCUAGAAAAAUAUUAAAUAUUCGUACGGAGUAAAUGCGAGUAAUAAAUUUUUAAAAAAAAGUUCAAAAAAUUAGCAUCCUUUGCCGACGGAGCUAAAGACAAUGUCUUAAGUUUGGUUAUAUAAUGGAAUUAAUAAAACGGUAAAUCAAACUUUUCUGCCUUCUUACUUUCUAAGACAUUUUGGGCAGUAAAUGCAUCCAUCAUUGGGAGUCUAAGGGAAAUAGCAUCUCUGCUUUGUUUUUGUGUAAUAUCCAAAAUUUCAACAAUAGGUCCUCUCAUCUGAACCAAAAAUGUAACUUUUGCACGAAUUCUUAUUACAGUAUAAUUAUCAACUGAUUCAUGAAGCACUAUCAGAUAAGUUAAUGUUUUGUCGAAAACCUUCUGAUAAGCACAAAGUGUUCUGCUAUAAAGCACAGACUCUACUUGAAAUAUCUGCGCAAGUUAGCAGAAAAGACAGAUUUUGGAAGGUUGGCGGGGCCAUCGCUCUUGAGACUUGUGGAUGAAGCUAUGAAUUUAAGUGGCAGAAAUUCUAAUCUGAAUGGGAAAAUGAGUUCAGAGAUAUGGAACCAUCUGGAACAAACAUUGGAGAGAGCAUCUUCCAUUUUUGCAGAACCCGAUCAGUUUGGCUGUUAUGUAGUGGUGGACCCAAAAUGUCCUGUUUCAUUGGCUUCCGGAUUACGCUAUUGGGGUUGUGUUAUCCAAGCUGGGGCCCAUGUCUCGGGCGCAUUAACGUUUGCCUCAUCAAAUGAAUUAAGGGAAAAAGUUCGCAAGAGCUUCUCACCUUUGCCUUACACUUCCAUUCCACAUCUUUCACCUGGGUCCCGCAUAGAAUGGGAUCAUAUAAUGUGGCACACUGGUAGUGCGGAUGCACGGAAGUUCCUGAGCACGAGGAACAGCACAAAGAUUGAUCAUACUAAGUUUGAUUUGGCCAAUAAAACCGUAACGCUUCUCAUGCCCGGGUUUGACAAAUCAGAAAUCAACCUAUACCAAUUUAGAGGAGGAUCUGAGUUGCUGGUGGAGGCAGGCGAUCAAAGGCGUGCCAUUUUUCUGCCAUCUAAGCUUCAAGGCAAGGUUGGAGCUGCCAAGUUUACUGAAAGAAGUCUUGUUAUAACCAUGGAUUCAUGAAGAUGAUAAAGGACAUUAUGCUCACUUCUUUUUUUCUUUGAUUUUUUGUCCUUUUUUUAGAGUGAGAAUUCAAGUGCCAUCCAUGUCCACACAAUCCAUCAAGUGAGACUGAAAGUGUUUUUUGUAUUGAAAAAUUCAUAACCGUUUGUACUUGAGUCAAAAUUUGAUUUUGGUUUAAAAGCUCAAGCUUAUGCACGAAAAUGUACAAUACGUUUGUGUGUAUUUCGUCUUGGAAAUAAAGGAUAAAUCUCAUC